AUGGUCUUCAACUUCAGCCUCAGCGGCAGCCUGAAUCUCUCGUACAGCAGUACCGCCAACGGGAAAACGGAUCAACGUCGAUAUGGCUUGCAAACGCAGAUAAGCCCCAAUGGGACAUACCGGCGCAGCCUGUACCAAAACAACGACAAGCCCCUCCAGUAUACCGAAGAAUGGUAUCCGUCAAGGCGAGAGCUCCAAACGAAUAACAGCCAAGUCGUUUCCCGCCGCAUCGAAGACGUGACAGAAUCAGAGACGCCCGAUCAAGGCAGUGGGGGGGCACACGAAACGAUAGUCGAAGAGCAAAGCAAGCAUUCUCAAAAAUAA